AUCAAUGAUAGUUCUGACGCAGUCAAACGGUGCGCUGACAUGCUGGGACCUGCUGAGGAAGCAGCAUGAGCCGGUACUGACGACUCAGGUCUGCAGAGAGCCCCUACUGCGGGCGGCUUUCCAUGACAAUGCGCAGUGGGUGGCGUGCGGCAGUGAGCGUGGGGACGUCUACCUGAUGGAGCUAUCUCCAUGUCUUACAGUUUCCAACAAAAACGACAAACAACUUCUUGCCAAUAUGCUAGAUCGUGAAGUCCGUCGUGAACGCAUUAUAGAAGCUCGUCUCAGAGAGAUCAAACUGAAGCUGAAAGCUGAAGAUGAAAGUGUUCAUUCCUUGGGAAUACCAGACCCAAGUCUUGAUGAUGCUGAUAUCAUAGAAGCUACAACUGACUUCUUCAACAUUGUCAAGAAAGAGAAAGAGAUGCUUUAUUAGAAAGACAAGGACAGGAGUAUCAUUGUCAUUGCAAAAUUAUUACCAUCAUUAUUUUUCUGAUGCUUUUUAUUGAAGGUAUUUUCUAUCAACAUGUAUUUUUAGUUUAGAUUUAUUUAAUUAUUUAUAAGUUGUUUUUUAUGGUGUAAGAUAUUAUUUAGAUCACUUAUUUCUAUUGUUUAUUAGUAUUUUAGUAAAGCUUUCAUCGUUUAGAAUAAAUUUUACCUCAUACUUUGAA